AAAAACAGAUUCCGCUCGUCGUAGUCCAAAGUAGAAUUCCAAACACAAAGUUCGGUUUGGCAGUCGCCAGCCACCAAUUACAAAGCCGAAGAAAGGUAUAAAUUAGGAAGCCAACCGAUUCGUCUUCCUCUUCCUCCUCUCCACCCGGCGCUCUCUUCUUCCUAUCCGAUCACCACCGCCAGCCAUCUGAAUUCAGAAUGUCUAAUCGUUACAACCACGAUGGAAACAAGGGUUUAAGGAAAGACCAAAAGAAGUACAUCCCCAAGAAUCAAAAUCAAUCCACAAAUGAACUCCCCAACCCUAAACCUACCCUUUCGUCUUCUCUCAGACAAUCGCUGCCUAAGCCCUCCGAUUCUGCUGCUGUAACCACUUCUGCCGCGCCAUCAACGAGUAGGAUUCAGAUGGGUGCAAAUGGAGAUUGGGUGUCUAGCAGAGCUAGUGGUGGCAGUUUCGUGAAUUACUUGCCACAGGACGAGGCCGUUGCCACUGGUCUUCGUGCCGAAGCAGGAGCAUUGGAUCCGAUGGAAUCUCAAAGAGUUGUAGACCUUUUGAACAGAGAGUUGUCUCGGCUGCUCAAGUUGAGUGCGAAAGAGUUUUGGAGGGAAGUGGCUAUGGAUACUUCCUUGCAUGAAUUUCUCGAUAGCUUCCUAAAAUUCAGGAGUAGAUGGUAUGAUUUUCCACAUCGUGGAGCAAAUGGAAUAGUUGCAGGUGUCAUCGUCGGAGAAUAUGAAUUAAGCCGCCGUGUUUUUAUGGUAUUAUACCGGAUGUCUUCCAAUAGGGAUCCUGGUGCACGAGCUGCUGAUAGCCUCAGUUUAAAAGAUCAUGGAGUCCUUCUGCAGGGAAAGAAGUUGCUUGACCUUCCAAAGUUACUUGAUAUAUGUGCUAUAUAUAGUCAUGAGAAUGAAGAUCUAACUAGAAUACUGGUUGAGAAUGCUAUAAAAUCCCAACCUAGUAUUCAUGAAACCUUACCAUCAGUUAUAUCUCACUUCCUCAGCAUUGUCUCUAUGAUGCAUGAAAGGUGCAGCUCAUCUCUUGAGACUCUCUUCUCCUCGAGUAACCAUGGAGGAAGUGGGUACAGUAAGCUUCAAGCAGACUUCUUGGAGGUGAUUGAUUUUAUCAAUGAUGCAAUUGUCACGCUGGACUCUUUCGUCACUGCAUACAGACUGGCAGCUAUAUUCUUCUCCUCUGCUGUUGAAAUAAGCUGCGGGAAUGAGGAUUUACUUGGAACUCUUGCAAGGUUGCAUGAUUUACUUCUUCCAUAUUUACACAAGGGAUUUCAAAUUGUCCUUGUGCCCCAAGGAGAUGAAAUGUUGUCUAAUGUUGCAACAAGUUUGAAGAUGCUAGCAUUAAGAAUUGUGAGUCUUGGUUGGAAACUGCUGGAAAUCUGCUAUCUAGAUGACGAAGUGUUUGGACAUGCCCUCCCUGUUCCAGUCUCUAUGAAGAUGUUCCCUGCAAAUGUAGAAGAUCCUGUCAUAAGAGCAGAUAUCUUGAUUCAAACUUUGAGAGAAAUUAACGGAAUCUCGCAACAGGCUUCAGAUAAACAACUUGGUCAAACAUUUCUUCAGCGUAUGGAAAAGAACCACUCUGUAAUGAACAGAAUCAACAGUUUACGAAACAAUGGAUGGAUAUUUGUCGAUGAUGAACAAUUUGAUUAUCUAUCAACAAUAGUUAUGUAUACCCCCACGUCUGAUGUUAAGAAUCCAUCUCUUUCUAAGGCCCCUGUGAUGAGCCACAUAUCAGAAGUAGAUGAGGAUGCUGCAAUGUUGGAGUCGAAAAUCUGUCAAAUAAAGGAUCUUUUCCCCGAGUAUGGCAGUGGGUUUCUAGCUGCAUGUCUGGAAGCUUAUAAUCAGAACCCUGAAGAAGUGAUUGAACGAAUACUUGAGGGAACUCUUCAUUCUGAUCUUCAGUCCUUGGACACUUCCUUAGAAACAAAGCCAGUGCCCAAUUCUAGAGCGACUGCUAAUAACAGAAACGACAAAGGAAAAGGAAAACUUUUUGAGUUUCCAACAGUUGCCUACAUCGACCAAGUCUCUCGUGAUAAAGAUUUGACAUCUGAAGGCCCUUCAGUUUCAUCAACUUCUGUUGGCAGAUUUGUUCGUAAAUCUAAAGAUAACAUGCCAUACUCAGAGACCCUUGACAAUAGAAAUGAAGCAGAUCCAGUGAGGACUGCAGCUUUAAUUUCUCAAUAUGAGUAUGAAGAUGAGUAUGACGACUCUUUUGAUGAUCUUGGUAUUAGCAUAGCAGAGACCACAACAGAAGAUAAUGAAGACUCGAUAGGUCAAAAGCUGAGUUCCAAUUCAGGUAGCUCAUCGAACUCAACAAAUGGAAGUUCAGCAUCAAAUGCUCCCAACUCAAAGUGGGGAUCUAGAAGAAAACCACAAUACUACGUCAAGGAUGGUAAGAAUUAUAGUUACAAAGUUGCAGGGUCGGUUGCAGUUGCCAAUUCUGAUGAGGCAUCUUUAGUAACUCAAGCUCAGAAAGAACUUAUUUAUGGACUUGGACGAGGAGGCAACCUACCACUCGGGGCAGUAAAAAAGCUGACAGAGGCCGAGCAGGAUAGCCAACCUGAUGUUUCUGCAGGAGAUCCAAGAGAUAAUAAUGUACGGAAGUCUUGGGGCAGAGGAAGGAGGGAAAGGGAAAGUGGAACAGCUCCAGGCAUGCCUGAAGGACAAGGUAAACAACCAAAUGUGGCUGAGGUUUCAGACAGGGGGGGAAGAGGCGGCAACCGAGGCCGUGGAAGGAGAGGAGGGGGUGACCAUCACAGGAAGGAUAGAGCCAUGAAAAAGCAUUUUGCUGGAUUGUCUGGUUUCUAAGUUAAUGUAUUCCGAGCAACUGUCUACAGAUUUAAAAUCGAUCUGUUUGUUUUAUCGAAGACAACUUCCCGAAUGAUUACGCAUACAAAGGACAAGUUGCCUAUUAGUCGAAUUGAACGUCUGCAGCACAGCAUUUUUCUGUGAGAGAAUGUAGCUGACUGGCAAACUUUAUAGUAAUUUUGAAAUUUAUAUUAAUCUAAAAAGUCUCAAAGAUGACUUUGUUCUGGCAGCGGAUUAGAGGUAAACAUGGAAAGAGAAGUUCAAGAUGGGAGACUCGGGGCAUUUUAGCCUCUACAGAAUGUCGAUCUCAAAUAUGUACAGCUUCUCUAAGGUCGCGCUCUAAGCCGUGUUAGAAUUUUAAUUUUGUAGCUCUGAAUAUUUAGCUGUACUCGUUUACAUAUCUUGUGGAUAACAAACAUUUGAAUGCAAUGUGAACUUAAAUAGGAGAAAAAAA